AUGACUUCUUUAGACACAUUAACUGAACAUCAGAAAGAAGUAUUAAACCAAUACCAAACCAUUACAGAAACAAAGAACCUAGAUGAAGCUUUAGGUCAACUUAUUGAACAUGACUGGAAUUUAGAGAGAGCCAUUGAAUCUAAAUAUGAGACUAGCAAUAUACAAGAACAUAGAGAGCAAUUGGAACAAGAAGUUGCUGAUAAUACAACAGGAACGAUAAGGAGAAGAAAGACAACAACAACAACAACGGCAACGACAACAACAAGAGCAAGCACGUCACGACCCAAUAGUAUACCUUCUUCUUCUUUUAGUUUUAUAUCUAUUUUAUUUUGGCCAUUUGGUGUUGCAUGGAAUAUCACCUGGUCUAUUCUUUCUCUUGCAUCACGCAUUCUUUCUCAACAACAAUCCAUCACGGGUGGCCGUCGACCUCCGAGAGAUCCUCGAGUACUCGCGUACGAGUUCAUUCAAGCAUUUGAACUCAGCUAUGGCCAAACACACGUCGAUUUCUUUCAAGGUGGUUAUUCACAAGCAUUAGAAAAGGCAAGAAAGGAAUUAAGGUUCAUGCUGGUUGUUUUGCAAAGUGAUGAUCAUGAUGACACAGAGCUGUUUUGCAGAGAAACAUUGACAUCAAGACAAUUGAUUGACUAUGUUAAGGAAAAGAAUAUUCUUGUAUGGGGAGGCAAUGUAAGAGAAACCGAAGCUCAUAAAGUCAGCUAUACCUUGCAAGCAAGCACAUAUCCAUUUUUGGCUCUCAUCGCACUUCAAAAGCCGCUAGGAGCCUCGACACCCAAGAUGACUGUGAUUGAAAGAAUGGAAGGACCCUGUCGAGCUGAAGAGUUGGUGAGUCAAAUUGAUGCAGCCAUCGAUCGACACGGUGCGGUUGUGAACAGAUUGAAGAAUGAGCGAGAACAGCGUGAGAUGGAACGCCGAUUGAGAGAAGAUCAAGACAGAGCCUAUCGAGAAAGCUUAAAGGCUGAUCAAGAAAAAGUAAGAAAAGCUCAAGAAGAAAAAGAAGCGUUGGUAAAAGCAGAAGAAGAAGAAAAGCAGAGACAAAGAGAAAAAGAAAUUCAGAAACAAAAGAAUGAAGAAUACAUUCGGUAUUUGUACACGCAUCUACCUGAAGAACCCAAAGAAGGAAAAAUGACCAAACUAAGUUUCCGUUUGGCCAAUGGUGACCGUGUUGUCCGUUCAUUUAGUGAACAUGAUACUCUAGAUACACUUUAUAGAUUUGUAGAAGUUUACCCAUUACUGAAAUCAAACGAACCAGUAGAGCCUUGUGAGUUUGCUCCUGAAGACUAUGUCCAUCAAUACAAGUUUACGAUUCAUAGCCCUUACCCUCGAAAGGAGUAUGAGGCUGACGAGCAUCAGACAUUGUCUAAUAUUCCAAACUUAUGGCCAAGUGCCACCUUAGUUGUGGAUGCUGUUGAUGACGAAGAAUAA